GCUGUGACGUAUGGCGGAAGUCAAUGCUCUGUGCGGGGCGGAAGUGAAUCCUGCACGUUGUAUGUAAACUAAAGGACUUGUAGUGGUGGAGGUAUUGAAAGUAAUUGCAUUGAUACAGAGACUUGGAAUGCUGCCUCGUCCAAAACCAGGGGACUCUGAAGAUGAUUUGCUUCGAUACCAGGAGCAGUUCCUGGCUUCAAGGUCUGAACCAGCUGUCCGUAUUAUACGCAAAGUUGACAAGCGCAAAGGAGAAACUGAGUCCUCGGAGGGACUGAAUGAACAACGGAAUAGGGAUGUUGUCUCCAUUCAAGGAAUCCCAGAAGAGCCUCCACCACUGAACUCUGUACCACCAAAAAAGUCCCGCUUUAAGACACAAAAUGUGCAGUUUGAAGAUGAAGAUCCAGAAGAACGUAUAAAUCGCCAUGACAAGCAUGUCACUGUUGUUCUGUCUAAAAUCAUUGAGCGUGACACAAGUGCUGUUCCUGUAACUUUCCCAGCAUUUACUGGAGCUGCAUUUCCCAAAGCCUGUCAUAGAUCAGAGGUGCAAGGGCAGAUACCUUCUCCUUUGGGCAGAAAGAGUAUAUUUGCACAGAAAAUGAUGCUACAAAAAGCUAAAGAAAAUGGCCUGCUAGCCAAAGAAGCAUCACAGUCUGCCAUGGAACGAAUACCCACUAGGGCAUCAGAUGAUGUGGAGAUGAAGAUGCAGAUACAUCAGCAUCCUGAUCCUACAUCAAGACUUAUUUCAGGGGAUGGUCUUGGUAAGCCAGAUAGUGCCUCAGAGGUGAAGCAGAUUCAAUGGGAGAAUGAGCAGCGUCUCAAGAGCAUGUCAGAGGUUGAGAUUCUGGAAGAACAGAGAAAGCUGAUCUCGCAGCUUGAUCCUAGGCUGGUGGCUUUUGUAAAGUCCAAGAUGUCUUCAGCCUCUUUGACAAACACAGAUUUAGAAAUGAGUAGACCGGAUAAGCAAAGAUCAGAGAAUGAAGAAAUUAUGGAAUUGGAGACAACGGCAGAAAUGGAGGAUGAAAGCAGUGACCGAGACUUAUGUCCUCCAAUAACAGUUGACGAGUUGCCUGUAAAACCCAAAGAAGGUUGGGUUCACAUGGACAAAUUAGAACCAGAAAAACUUGAAUGGCUCAGGGACCUCCCUCCAUCACGAAAAAAGGGGACAAAGAAGGCAAUGCAGGCUCGUUUUGAUUUCUCUGGAUCAUUGAUCCCACCAACUGCUGACCUGCCAACACAUCUUGGACUGCACCACCAUGGAGAAGAGCCAGAGCUUGCUGGCUAUUCACUGCAGGAGCUCUUCCACCUUUCUCGCAGUAAGGUGACUCAACAGCGCACACUGGCUUUUACCACUCUGGCACGUGUCUUGCAUAAGGUACAUCUGGGAGAAUUAGCAUCUAUGGUGAAGGGCAGAAUUAUAUCCACUCUUCUGGAUGCUGGCCUUUUGUUCCUGCUUCGCUUUGCUUUGGAUGACAAUGUGGAAGUUGUAAUCGCAGGUGCAGUUCGAGCUCUUUGGGCACUGCUGGUUGUCCCUAAUGAUGAGGAAUGUCUUGACCGAACAUUCUCUUGGCUUCAUGGGAUGUUCACAUUUCCCUUAUUGCCAAUGGAAGAGUCUGAUGAUGAGGAGGAGGAUGAGGUAGAUGAAAAUGGCAAAAAGGAGACAGUGGAGGAAAAGGAGGCUAGAAAGCAAGAUCAUGAGGUGGCCCAAGCUGAUAUCAUCAAGGGCCUUUUGAAAAUGAAGUUGCUGCAUAGGCUGAGGUAUAUUUUAGAAGUUUUCCGCCCGGGCCCCAGAGUGGUUCAGGACAUGCUGGAAAUCUUAAUUAGGAUCUGUCGCCAUUCAGCUGCUGCUGCUAGCCAGGUAUUGGAUUGUCCUCGGCUUAUGGAGACAAUAAUAUCAGAAUUUCUCCCCUGUUCGUGGACAUCUCCUUCAAUGCAAGGACAUAGACCCACAUUGGAAAGGCCACAUGGCUUGCCUGUUGCAGGAGCAAUGAAGCUGAUAAGAGUGCUGGCCAGUACUGGGAGGCAUGCCUGUGCUAGGCUGCUGAACAACUACAAGAUUAGAGCACGUUUGUUACGCUUUAUUGCAGUGGAGCCAGAAGAUCUGCUUUUAGAAGCUUGUGAGGCAAAGAAACUGAGCCUUGAAGCUUUGAGGAUGUGGUGUGUUGCAGCUGGAUAUGGACAGGCUUGUGAUUUGUAUAGAGAUAUGUAUCCUGUCCUCAUAAGAAUGCUUCAGUCUAUUCCAGAGCUGAUGUCUAAGGAGACAUCUUUGGAACCUUUCUCGAACCUUACUCUUCAGAGAGCAGAGACUCUGUUGUUAUUGCUCACAACAGUCACACAAACUGCUGGUUCUACAGAGGAAUUAAAGGCUAACCAGAUGGGUGAAUCUGAAAGUGCCCUCCCGCCUCCUCCUCCUCUGGACUGGAGUCAAGUGGCUGGACUGCAACCCUUCAUUAAAGCAUCUCUGAAAACCUGUCUGCGGUGGCUAACAGAACCAAUUCACUGGGAAAAUGUACACAUGUUGGCAGCAGCUCACUUGGUCUACCUGGGGUCCUUCUAUUCACAGCUGUAUGUGCAGAGCACUUUCUGCCCAGUGGAUACCCUCCAGGAGAUAGAGGCUUUAACUUCAGAGGUCCUGCUUCCUCUCAUAGGUCAUCAAACUGUACUAAAUAUGAUCGAUCAUCUUAGGCAGUUUUCUGCACUUUGUGCCCCAACCUCUUGUGCUGCUAGUCGAGAGAUUAUACAUGGUCUUCCAGGCUUUGGCUGUAGUGAAGGAAUGAAUGUUAGCAACCUUUCAGAUGCAAAAUCUCCAUUUCCCUUUCUGAUGGGUCUAUUCUAUGUCCUUGAUUCUAUCACUAAUGUGCAUAAAGGACUUGCUUGCAAGUUUUUGAGUGUACUUGUUUCUCCACGACUUUUGGAUUAUCUUUGUUCAAGCUGCUCAGCAUUGCCCAGUUUUUCUCUGUCCAGCGCAUGGUUACUUCGACAUGAAUAUCAUCUCCAGUAUCUUUUGCUGAAGCUUGCUUGUAAACAGAUGCCGUUAAAGGCAGAGGUAUCACAGCAGAUAACAGUUUACCACAAGAUCGCUAUGGCAAUGCUGCCUCGACUGCUGCCUGGCAGUGAAUAUCAAGCACAUGAACUUUUGUCUACUAUGAUUUUUAACCCCAGUUUCAUCCCUGAGGGACGCUGUGGUGGCCCAGAAGCAGUAGAUCUUUCACAGCUGCUUCGCCUUGGAGAUGGGGACCAGUGCUCUCUAUCUAGUCAAUUUACCGAGUCUACGACAGGCACUUUGUUACGGGAGGCCUAUGCCAAUCUUGCAUCUCUACGAGGAUGUUACUUGACUCACCUGGCUCACUUGGAACCAAGUGUCUUACGAUCUAGAGAUAUUUAUCUAGGCCAUACCCCCUUUGUGUGUUCCCAAAUGCUGUCUGAGCUCACAGGACCAGUUGUUCCUUCUGAUUGGGCUUUUCUUCCUCUUGUAAGCCUAUAUGAACAAACUGCAAAGGAGGAGUCAAGCGGGAGAACUGUGGAGUCAGUAUCAGUCACCUCCAAGGAAGCAGUCACACACUGUCUACAGUGGCUUCUGAUCUUGGAGACCUGGCAUGAGGAUGCUUUGAAGUCUGUUCCUCCUGCUGCAAAGUUUUGUCGCCUUGCCUGCAUCUUUCUCUCAGGCAGUGAUCUGUUUCGGGAGCGUCCUGUGCAGCGCUUCCUUUGGGCUUUGCUCCUUGCUCUGUGUAGACCAACUCAGUUAAAUGCUCUAGAUUUAACAGUGCCUCCUCCUGGUCUGGCCUCAUUUCAUGACUUCUACUCGUCCCUGCUUGUGCAGUUUGAAGCAGUUUCUUUUGGUGAUCCCCUUUUUGGUUGUUUUCUACUUGUUCCACUCCAGCGCCAUUACAGUAUGGAACUGAAACUCGCUGUAUUUGGAGAGCACAUUGGACUUUUGCGCUCUUUUGGUGUGAGUCUUGCACAGUUGCCCAUUCCAUUGGAAAAGUUCACUUCUCCUCCUGAAGAUUCUCUGCCUCUACUUCGGUCAUACUUCCGGGCACUAGUAACAGGAUCCUUACGACUUACAUGGUGUCCAGUCUUAUAUGCUGUUGCCAUUGCUCAUGUGAACGCCUUCAUCUUUUCACAAGACACAAAAAACCAGGAAAUCGACAUGGAAAGAAAAAGCUUGCUGAGGAAGACAUACUUUCUGACAAAUGAGGUUUUGAAGAAUCAUCUUCUUCUCUUCAAGAUGCCCAGAGCAGACAUCAAGCUUGGUUUUGAAAUGUUUGAGAAGCUCCCCCCUAUUAGAGAUAAGAGACUAAAUGCUGUCCUUAGGAAGGAGAAUGGCACUGAUUAAGGGUGGGAGUUGUUCAAGUACUAGGGAGGCACCAUGAAAGUGAAAUAAGUAGGCAGUGAACACUUUUUCUUUGGACUCAUAUCUUUGUAAUGUACUUGCUCUUUUGGCUGACAUUUUUUCCAUCUUAAAAAUGUAAGCAAGAUAUAAACACAAUAUAUUUUGUUUAUUGAAGUUAGUGAACAGAUCCGCGAUCAAAAAUAAACUGUUACCUACAUAUACUUUUUAUUUUUUGCUGUACUUUCCUUUGGCAAGUGGUGAUGCGUUUUAAUUUUUUCCAAGUGAAAGAAGUUCCCAGUCUUGAUUUGGCUUUUAGUUCCUGACAUUGAAGAAUGGAGUAUGAUCAGUGUUUCUGCAAAGAUAGCUUUGUCAUUCUCAGUAGAGUAUGGGUUUUCCUAUUUUCUCAGAAUUGUAGCAAACUGGAUAGUUGAUUGGCAGAUUUUUUUAUUUUUGAGUCAUAGUCAGUUAUAAUUUAACUCUGAUCAAGUUAUGUAGGCAAUGGUGCCUCAGCCUGAUAUGAGUGAGUCUGUCAGGUAAUAUGGGCUCCAAGAUGUGUGAUUAUACUCCGUUAUGUCAGCUGUAAUAAGAAUGUUAUGAGCAUUUUGCACAGCUGGAAUUUGUAAAAUUAGAAUUUUAGAUGUCAACUUUGAUAACAGUUGUUGGCUCACAUGGCUGAGUGCAGUAUGAUGAUGUCGUUUUUGGUAUCAUACGAAGUUUUCUGAAUAUGUGUGACGGUAAUUUCUAUUCGUGAUUUAAAUAAUUCAUGUGGCAUGUCAUUUGUGGCAUUUAUUUCAUGGGAAAGCACAGUAUAUGAGUGAGAGUUCAACAAUGAUUGCGGCCUACUCAUUUUUCAGCUGUCAUUGCCAAAACGUGUUACUGUCAUUAGUUGAAUAUCUUUGGUUAUGUUAGUUAUCUUUGAUUGUGUGCGCUGAGCUGUGGUUUGUGAGAACAGCUACUCAGACAGGCAAAAGCAAUUUUUAUAAGUGAUAUUUAAUAUAGUAUUUUCAUAAUAUAUAGAGCCGGGGUUUCCAUCUCCAGUCCUAGAGAGCUACUGUGACUACAGAUUGUCAUUCUAACCCUUUUUAUUAAUUAAUGACCAGUUUUUGCUGCUAUUUAACUUCUUUUCCCUUCAUUUUAAUUAACUUAUUUUUUAAGAAUUAGUCCUCUGAAUUAUUUAAUUUUUUUCAUUAAAUGGCACCACACCCAAAUAGAAAUGAGAUGAAGUGAGCCAACAGAUGACCAGCUAAGUUGGCUUCUGAAAUUCCAACCAAUUUCUGAAUUAGACAACAAUCUUGUUAUUAAACUCUUAUUAUUUAAUUCUGUGGCUUGUUGGUGCUCUCAUUCUGUCACAGCUGAAAUUUUCAAAACUAUUGAUUUCCUUUUUUCUAAGACCACCGUCGAAAUGUUUUGUGGGCCUGAGGAGAUCAGCAUUAUUGGGAUCUUCACCAUUCUUUAUUUUCAGAUAAAUAAAUUGUAAGAUGGAAACAGGACGCCGGACAUGUGUUGGCUUCUCUUUUAUCUCCUUAUUGUUUGUCUGACAAUUACGAUAAUAAUAAUUCAGAAUUCAAAUAUCAAUAGUUCAGACAAAUUCAAAAUAGGUAAAGCAGUAAUAUUACCAUCAUCAUAUCAAGGUAGUCCAAGAGCAUUGCAGCAAUUAUAUCAUGAUGCAAUGGCAAUAUCCAGAACUAUCGGUCGGCCAGAUUUAUUUAUUACAAUGACGUGCAAUCCACAAUGGCCAGAAAUCCGGAGAUUCUUGAAAACAAUGCCUCCUGCUACAUCGGCUCAGGAUAUUCCAACUUUCGUAAGUAGAUUGUUUUAUCAGAAAGUCUUAAUUUUAUUGAAAGAACUCGAAACAGUGUUCAGUCAAAUCCAAGCAUACAUUUACAUGAUCGAAUUUCAAAAAUGGGGUUUACCUCACAUGCAUUUAUUGGUUACUUUGCAAAAAAAUUAUUAACUGCUGAUGAUGUAGAUCGUUUUGUCUGUGCUGAAAUUCCAAACAGAGAAACCUAUCCUGAAUUAUGGUACAAAGUCAUUAAACACGUGUCACGGAACACAUUUAAAAGAUUCAGCAUGUUGGGACUCGAAAGAUUCUAAAUAUUGUUUUUACCGAAGUUCUGAAAUAAAAGUGAAACUAAUGAAAUAGCAACAAUUUAAAGAAAGUGUGUAUCUGGAAAACCAAACACGUGGGUUGGUGAGUGAAACGAGCAGGGGGUGAAGCCCCCUAGUUAUAAUCUAAAAUGUACAUGAAAUAUGAUGAGCAUUAUAAUGAGCAGACCAAAUCAAACUACACGUGCUCAAGAUCUAUACCUAACUAAUAGGUGAACAUAAUUAAAAGAGUGUAAACAAAGCAGUAAAAUGAAAUCGGUAAAGAGCAGUAGGACUACCUUUACUGCCCAUUUUUGUAAAACUAUUUACAGUUAUGCUUGAAAGUUUGUGAACCUAGUUCAUAAUUUGAGAGUUUUUGUUUUUUAACCACAUGAUGCCUAUUUAAUC